AUGGGCCCUAUAACUAUUGCGGAUUCUGAUGAUGAAAGUGACUCAAACGAGCAGAUUGCCGCCCCUUCUCUUGUGACAGUCCGUCAGGCGCAAACGCGAUCAUCUGAACAGGGGAGUCUUGCAACCGCUUCAACAGACUCAGCUUUCUUCCAACAAAUCUUUAAUGAACAGAAUGGUGCUGCUUGUGAGAGAGCAGUGCAGCUGCAGCUACAGCAAGAGCUAGAAGAUGCGCCUCACCAAAGCUCGGCCAUGACAAUCCCCGACGUUCCCUUUCAGCGGACCACUAAAGGGUUUUAUCAUUCAUCCCUGACAUCGGUAACGGAUCCCCAUUCAGAAAAAAUACGUAAUUACCCAACAAUACGGUCUUCGGAAAGGACGUUGGAGAGGACGCAGGAAAGGACGCAGAGCGCAGUGGACCCUUGGGAAGUACCAAGCAGUCCGGGAGCGCCUAAAGCACUGGAAGAGCAAUCGAAGGAUUAUGGGAACGAUGAACCGGAUCAAUCAUACGGGAGAGAUAAAUCUCCUCUGUGUGCAGAUACACCCCUUGAAAAUCGUUGGGACGAUCUUGAAACUAUGGAAGGUCGAGACAAGAAACGAAGACGGCUAGACAAGUCCGAAGAAGCUCUAUCCCAAAGCAACGACAUUGAUUUGAUCAUGCCUCCCCAUGAAAGCAAGCUUCUCAUCACUAAUGGUGAGCUGGAGAUGGUAGCGGCAUCGGGCACCCCGUUCCCUACCAUGCCCAUUGACGACGCCAACUCCGCAUUUCAUUUUAAACACUCAUCCCCCGUGGAAAGUGUGUCUGGCCAUAACUUGAACGCAGCAUCUGAUGGUAUCCCAAAAUACAACAAUCUGCUCUUAAAGCAACAAACACAGUAUGCGGUUGGAUCAAGUGGCUCAGCUACCAACAUCAAUACACCUCGGAGCCAAAUGUUCUCGCUCCAGAAUUUUGGUAGUAAGGCUCCUGAGGAGCAAGGCAGCGCAAUCACUACCAAGAAAAUAGAAUACCGAAACUUUGUCUCACGAAGAGACUCCUCUCCUGACAUCAUUUCUGCGCCGGUACCUGGUCUGGAUGAAGUUGCUCCUGAGCCAGAGUAUUCAUCUGAUCUAAACCCUGGGCCGAAAGCCGAUCAGGAAUACUGUGACGACAGAGACCCUUUGGCUGAUCAGCCCCCGCCGCCAGAAGAGCUGCCGCCAGAAGAGCUGCCGGCGGAGGAGAGUGAUGCCGAGUUCGUGGCACAUCCUACGCCAGCUGCCAAGUCAAAGAAAAAGAGAGGUCGCCCGAAGAAGUCUCUGGAAACUGACGAGCCCCCACCAAUAAAGCCCGCUGAAAGUCCUAUGCCGGCGACGGAUGCAAUGUCGCCAGUUCCAACAACGCAGAAGAAGAAACGAGGGAGGCCUAAGAAGCAGUCAGGUGAGCCCGCUGCCGAUGGUUCUCCUCUUCCUGCCACUAUUCCCACCUCUGUCGGUAGCACUGGUGGAAAGAAGACGGGUGGAAAGAAGGCUAGUGGAAAGAAGAGAGCCAUUGGUGAUCACAAAAAAGCUGUCAUCUUGAGCGACUCAGAGGGUGACCAUUCUGCCGCAGAGAACCUCGCAGCGGAGGAGAUAAGUGAGCAGAAUAGUGCUGAAGAAACACCCAAAGCAGAAAGUACGGAAGAUGGCCAGAGCACGGCGGCCUCGAGCAAGAAGAGUAAAACCAGGGAUUCCCUUGACGGCCAGCUCAAUCAAGAUAACAAGUCGAAAGAUGAAGAUGAACCCGAAGAGAUAAAGCAACAUGCUACACGAGAGAAAGAAGAGAAAUCAGGUGACAAGAAAGGGCUUUCAGCACUAGGGCUGGCCAAACCUUUAUACAGGGUUGGGCUGAGCAAACGAUCCAAAAUCGCUCCGCUUUUAAAGUCAGUACGGAAGACAUGA